UUUCGAACUAAAAAAAGGGAGGGGGGACCGGGAGAGAGAGAGGAAAUCAAAAUUACCGAGGGAGAGAGGAGAGAGAAGGGGGAAGGAAAGGAAGAGAAAGCGAUGGAUCUGAAGCAAGCUGGUUCUUCACUCGAUUCUCUCAUAUCAUCCUUCAACACACGCAUUUUGGAUCUCCAAGAGCUUGUGAUUGGUCGCAACAUGUAUCCAGCCACCAGCGUCCCUGAUUUAUCGGCGGUAGAUACGGCCGUGAAGGCAAUGGAGUUUCAAGUGCAAGCUAUCAAGGAUCGGCUACGGGAGGAAACUGAAGCUAUCCCGAAAGCAAAAAAAUUAAUUGAUAUGUCCCUGCGUCAGCAAAAGAAGUUGCAGCAUAUGUUAGCUCAUAUGCCACCACGCUUGCUAGAGAGUGUGACAGUGUCGAACCGGAACCCUAGUAAUUGUUUAAUGCAGGAAAGCUCCAACCACGACUUCCACCUCGGGUCUUUGAAACUUGAUGAGGAGCCUGUGGCAUUACCCAAGGAGAAAAAGGGCCGUGGUUCUGCACCUCUUUGGUAUGUUACUGCAGAAGAACUUGAUUCUUUGUCAUCUUAUAUGAGGGGAAGACUCACACUGGACAAGGUGAAUGCAGCUAUCAAUGACAUGGCUGCAUAUGCAGAGACAAAUGCUCAACUUAUUGCAGCUCCAAAAAAGAAGUUGGCUGAAGGUUCCUGGGAAAAGGCCCUUGAAUUAAGAGAUAUAGCAAUGACAGAAGCAGUAAAGGGGAAGCACUUUUUUCUUGAAAGUGACAUAAAAGGACCAGCACUGAAGCUUGAUAACACUGGAAAAGCAAUUCUAACUGUCCUUCGCCACCUUGGUCGAAUAAGUGAGGCAAGAAUUGGGCAUCACCGUGUUAUCAUCCUCUCAAAGCCCCAGUGAUUGACUCAUUUCAUUGCAGCAUAAGGACCUAAAAAUCUUGUGUACUUUUCUUGUUCAUUUUGUUUACUGAUGUUACAAGCUCAAGAACUUAGUGUGGAUAUCAGUAAAUUGCAGAAAUUGCAGGUAUAUAUAGGUGGACAAUAUCAAAAUGUAGUGGAAACCAUAUGGCAUAUUCCGGAGAAAUUAAUUUCACUAUUAUAUAUUAAAUCUCAAAGGACCAAUUUUGAGCACAUGAAAUUAGAUUCUUCAUUAUUGUAUGUUAUCAAUUAUUGCCAUUUGUAGCAGACUUUUUCUCUUCAUAAUUAUUGCCAUAUCCUUUAUGCCUA